ACUACCGCCUCAACUUCCGGCUCAACAGGGAGUGCUUCAGCGACGUGCAGCACCUCUGCAUUCACUCGUGCGACGCGGCACUUGAGAGUGGCGGCACAGAGACAGGCGUCACGUGCGGAGGGGCGACGCUCAAGUGCCUCACUGAGAACGAGAGGAAGCUCAGCUCCAAGACGUGCCGGCAGGAGCUGUUCUACUUCAAGAAGAGAAUGGUGGCUGAUAUCUCGCUGGACAUCCCCUUGCAGAUGGCGUGCAAAACCGAUGUGGAGAAGAAGUGUGGAGGCGAGAGGGACCACUCCAAGGCGCUGGCGUGCUUGCGAGGGAAGAGGGACGAGCUGACUGAGGAGUGCAAGGAGGAGGAGCUCAGGCUUAGCGAGAUGGAGGCAUCGGACAUCCGCCUUACCCCCACCCUGAUGAACGCGUGCGGCUUGGAGCUCAACCACUUCUGCCGCGGCGUGCAGCCCACCGCUGGGCUGGCCUUCCGGUGCCUGCAGAUGAGCAUCAACGAGGUCGGCAUGUCAGUGGCAUGCAAGGCCGAGGUCGAUCUGCAGACCUUCCGCCAGUCGUCCUACUACAAGCUCGACGCGGCCCUGGCAGAGCAGUGCCAGGGCGACGUGGACGCGCUCUGCCGGGGGAUAGACGAAGGCAAGGAGGGCCACUCGCUCGUGCUGCAGUGCCUUGUGGACCACCAGGCGAACCUCACCGGGCGAUGCCUGACUGAGACUGCCUAUGCAGUGCGGAUGGCCCUGUGGAUGUACCACCGAGAGGCAGAUCUAGUGAAGCCGUGUAACGCAGUGGUUGACUCGCUCUGUGCAAACCGCACUGGAGCGGGGGGAGCAGGGAGUGCUGGGAAGGCGGAGGAAGGGGUGGGGGAAGCGGGGCUGGUGGGGCAGUGUUUGUUGGAGCAGCCGAGGGAGAAGCUGGGGGAGGAGUGUGGGCGGUUGGUGGGGCUGUUGGGCAGCAGGGCGGGCAUGUGGGCGGGGUGAUUGACACGAGUCAGCUGGAAGAGACGCUGGCGCGGCUGGCCCAGCUGCAGGCACAGUUCAAGCCGGAAGGGGAGUCAGACACAGAGGAGGGAGGGGGAGGGGGAGGAGGGAAGCUGGUGCUGACAGGCGUUACGGCCUUUGUGGCGGUUACCGCACUAACAGCGGUGCUGCUGGGAGCUGGGUACUUUGUGUAUCGCAAGUGCUUCGACCCGACCAGGAACUACACUCUCAUGGUCAAGGCUGGUGACGUUUGAAACGGUGCUACUUAUAAAGGGAUACAGUCUUGGACAUGCAGUGGAGGAAAACACAAGUUCCUGCUGAAUCUAUGAGAGCUCUGCAGGCAAUCAACAGCUGACGUGUAGAGAAGUUGGAAUGUUGUGAAUGCAGACUGGAUUGUAGUCUGUAGAUGUAAGAUUGCUGGAAGAGCAAGUGAAUUCGCAACAGCCACGCGACUGCCUCCUUCGUUGUACCACCUUGUAGCUUCUAACAUACCAGUAUUGAUGCUUCAU